AUGCAUGAAUCCGGAAGUUUUGCAGCAUCACGUUCUAGACGUGAGAAGAAGUCUAGAAGAGGCCAGCAACAAGCACUAGAACGUCUGAAAAAAGCCAAAGCUGGUGAAAAAAUAAAAUAUGAGGUUGAGGAGUUCACAGGUGUUUAUGAUGAAAUAGAUGAGGAAGAAUAUUCCAAGAUGGUCAGAGAACGUCAGGAUGAUGACUGGAUUGUUGAUGAUGAUGGUAUAGGUUAUGUAGAAGAUGGAAGGGAAAUCUUUGAUGAAGAUCUUGAUGAUGAUGCUCUUGACUCCAGUAAGAAAGGAAAAGGUGGCAAAACAUCUACGGUUGAUAAAAAGAACGUGAAAAAAUCUGUGGUGUCAAAGCCAAACACAAUUAAGUCUAUGUUUAUAGCCAGUGCUGGGAAGAAAAACACAGAUAAAACUGUGGACCUGUCAAAGGAUGACUUACUAGGGGAUAUUCUUCAAGAUCUUAAUGCUGAAACUGUUCAGAUAAGUCCACCACCAAUUAUAACGCUGAAAAGGAGAAGAUCUGCUGGAGUACCACUGAAUCCUUUCUCUGUGCAGUCCCAAACUCCAAAGGUAAUCACCCCUACAUCAAAGAAAGCUCCUGCUCAUCUCAGAAAGGAGAUUCUUCCUCCAGCUUCAUUUCGUCCUAAACAUUCCAAUUACACAGCAAAGUCUGUCAUAGUCUCUGAAAAUGAGGAUACCCAGUAUGUGCAGAAGGCUACAGAAAAUGGGAGAAUAGUGAAGACAAUAGAAGAGAAAGCUAUUGAAGAUGAUGGUCAGGGAAUGAUGGAUUUUGAUGAGGAGGACUUUGAUGAACCUAUGGAAGCAGAACAUGUGGAAACUAUACCUGAGACAGCUGAAAGCUUGAAGAGAGACAAAGAACCUGAAAAGAAAGAGACAGAGCAGCUGGAAUCGAAGAAGAAAGACACAUCUGUCUUAAGUUGUUCCCUCCCAGAUAUCUCCUGUUGGGACAGAGUUGAUGAGGACGAAGCUGACCUAGUAGCAGCAGAAGUUCAGCUGGACCCCAAUCUCCUUCCACUUGUGACUGGGGAAAACGAUGAUCAAGUCUUAAGAUUUUAUUGGCUGGAUGCUUAUGAAGAUCAGUACAGUCAGCCAGGAGUGGUAUUUUUGUUUGGCAAAGUUUGGAUUGAGUCUGCAGACACGUAUGUCAGCUGUUGUGUUACAGUGAAAAAUAUUGAGAGAACUGUUUAUCUACUGCCACGUGAAACAGAAAUGGACCUGUCCACUGGCAAAGAGACGGAGACUCCGAUAACUAUAAUGAGUGUUUUCAAGGAAUUUAAUGACUGCAUUUCACCAAAGUAUAAGAUCAUGAAGUUCAAAUCCAAGAAAGUGGAAAAAUAUUAUGCUUUUGAGAUCCCGGAUGUUCCAGCAAAAUCUGAAUACUUAGAAGUUAAAUAUUCGGCUGAAUGCCCUCGGCUUCCCCAAGAUCUGAAAGGACAAACAUUUUCACAUGUAUUUGGAACUAACACCUCUAGCCUGGAACUUCUCUUGAUGAGUAGGAAGAUCAAAGGACCAUGCUGGCUGGAAAUAAAAAAUCCACAGCCUUCCAGUCAGUCCGUCAGCUGGUGUAAGGUGGAGGCUGUGGCUGUGAAGCCUGCCUUGGUCAAUGUGGCUAAAGAUCUUUCUCCUCCUCCUCCUCUCGUGGUCAUGUCCCUUAGUAUGAAGACUACUCAGAACCCAAAGACUCACCAGAAUGAGAUUGUGGCUGUUGCAGCUCUGAUUCAUCAGAAAUUUCCUUUGGAUAAGGCUCCACCUCAGCCUCCUUUUCAGACACACUUCUGUGUUGUUUCCAAACCGAAUGAUUGCAUUUUUCCUUAUGACUUCAAAGAAGCUAUUAAAAAGAAGAAUGCUAAAAUAGAAAUUGCUGCAACAGAGAGAACACUGCUGGGAUUUUUGCUUGCAAAGAUUCACAAAAUUGACCCAGAUGUUGUUGUGGGUCAUAAUAUUUAUGGAUUUGAUCUGGAAGUGCUGCUUCAAAGAAUUAAUGUGUGCAAAGUCCCUCACUGGUCCAAGAUAGGUCGACUGAGGAGGUCCAAUAUGCCAAAGCUUGGGGGUCGAGGAGGGUUUGCUGAAAGGAAUGCUGCCUGCGGUCGAAUGAUCUGCGAUGUAGAAAUUUCUGCUAAAGAGUUAAUUCGCUGCAAAAGUUACCAUUUAUCUGAACUGGUCCAUCAGAUUUUGAAAACAGAAAGGACAACAAUUCUGCCAGAGGACGUUCGAAAUAUGUACAGUAUUUCUCCUCACUUAAUAUUCAUGCUGGAAAACACCUGGACAGAUGCAAAGUUCAUUCUGCAGAUUAUGUGUGAGCUGAAUGUUCUGCCACUGGCCCUUCAAAUAACAAACAUCUCGGGGAAUGUCAUGUCGAGGACAAUGAUGGGUGGACGAUCUGAACGUAAUGAGUUCUUGCUACUUCAUGCAUUUCAUGAAAAAGACUACAUAGUGCCGGACAAACAAGUUUUUAAAAAGCCUCUGCAGAAACUGGUGGAUGAAGAUGAAGAUUUUGAAGAUCAGAAUAAAUCAAAGAUAGGGAAAAAGAAAGCAGCAUAUGCUGGGGGCUUAGUCUUGGAUCCCAAAGUCGGUUUUUAUGACAAGUUUAUUUUGCUUCUCGACUUCAACAGCUUGUACCCAUCGAUUAUCCAGGAGUUUAACAUCUGCUUUACCACAGUGCAGCGAUUGUCAUCAGAAGCACAGAAAAGGGCAGAGGUUGAAGAAGAGGAAGAAAUUCCAGAGCUUCCGGACCCGUCCCUGGAAAUGGGAAUUUUGCCUAAAGAAAUCAGGAAGCUGGUGGAGAGAAGGCGCCAAGUUAAGCAGUUAAUGAAACAGCCAGAUUUAAAUCCUGACCUUUAUUUACAGUAUGAUAUCAGACAGAAGGCUUUGAAACUCACCGCUAACAGUAUGUAUGGCUGCCUGGGAUUUUCCUACAGCAGAUUCUAUGCUAAGCCUUUGGCUGCUUUGGUAACGCAUAAAGGGAGAGAGUGGUUAUAUAUAAAUGUAAUGCAGGAGAUGGCGGUGGUGGUAGCGUUGUCUUUAGCUUCAGGAUAUGCCCUUUAUCGAACUUACUGG